AUGAACGGCGUCAAAGAUAAGAGGUCGGGAAAAGGCGAAUUCAAUGCGAAUGAGCCAUUUGGGAAUAAUGGCUUCAUCUCGAUUCCCUACGACAUCCACCCCCUUCGCCUAGUCUGGCUCGACAUAUUAUCCAUCUUCGAACUCUACAGACUUUUACCACUUACCGUUGCGCCGCUAACGCCAUGUGCGUCGGGGUCUCUUGAUGAGCUCUCUCCAACGUUGUCGAAUAUAAGAGAUAUGUGUCUUCAUACAAUCCUCAUUAUCAUCCAGCUUGUCUUGAUUCUUGCAUUGCCGGUUAUGACUGUCCUCUUCUGGUUCCUGCCUGGUCUUGUUUCUCUUGCAUUUGCUCUAGCAAUGCUGGUGGUAACGCUGACAAUAAUGAGACUCCUCAAUGGUGGUCCUAUUUCAGAAUGCUAUGUCGGUAUUCCACCAGACGGCCAGAUGCCCGUGAAUGAUGAGCAUGAACUGUGGUUUUUCAUCAACGGCAUCACCAUAGGGAAACAUUGGUUGCAAGGAAACCUGGAUUUACUAGCUAAGACAUUCCAACGAGAAAUCGUCGGCAUCCACAAUCCCACAAAAGGAAUGCUCUUUGACUUACUCGAAUGUCUGAUCCAAAGAGAUCUGGACUACAAAACUCGAGACAUCCGCCAAGGACGCCUUCAAAUCAGGGCAGCCCUGUCCGCAGCAUCCACCAAAAAAGUGGUUCUCAUCCUCCACUCCCAAGGUGGGAUCGAAGGAUCGUCCAUUCUGGACUGGCUUCUCGCCGACAUCUCAACAGAUGUAAUGUCCAGGCUAGAAAUCUUCACUUUCGGUAACGCAGCUCGACAUUUCAACAAUCCACUCCUCGCUCAUCCACCCACCAACCCGGAUCAAAGCAAAGGCGGCCGUGGCGAGCGAGUCAUCAAGCAUAUUGAGCAUUACGCUAACACCGAGGAUCUGGUUGCCAACAUCGGUGUACUGAAGUUCACGAGUCCACAAGCUCAGCCGUACGCCGAUGGAAAUGCAUUCGCGGGACACGUCUUCAAAAGGAAGGGAACAGGCCAUCUUUUGAACAUGCACUAUUUGGAUACGAUGUUCAGAAUGGUAGAUGGGGAAGUAGAUGAGAGUGGGAAUGAGUUUAUGAACUCGUUGGUUGGGAACCAGGGGAGGAGGUUUGGAAAGAAAGAAAUGACGAAUGGUAACCAGCAGGAGCCUAAGAAGAUGAUCAAAGAUGUCUCGAGGCUGUGGCAGUAUAUCAACGGCGGUAUGCCGCAGGAUUAG